AUGGACAAUAGUGUGGUGAAGACCAAGGGAGGGGAGGCACAGUGUGCUGGAGAAGAGAAACGAGUUGGUACACGCACGGUGUUUGUUGGCAAUCAUCCAGUUUCAGUACCAGAAGAUUACGUUGCACAAAGAUUUUGUGAUAAUAGGAUAGUCUCAUCUAAGGUGUGUUCUCCCCCAAAGCUGGAUAACUGUGAGGCUCAGCCCCAACCACAUCAUUAUACACUUUGGAAUUUUCUCCCAAAGAAUCUGUUUGAACAGUUUAGAAGAAUUGCAAAUUUUUAUUUUCUCAUAAUUUUCCUUGUACAGGUCACAGUAGAUACACCAACUAGCCCAGUUACCAGUGGACUUCCACUUUUCUUUGUUAUAACUGUUACAGCCAUCAAGCAGGGAUAUGAGGAUUGGCUGAGACACAGAGCUGACAAUGAAGUCAACAAGAGGAAUGUUUACAUUAUUGAAAAUGCAAAGCGAGUUAGAAAAGAGAGUGAAAAGAUCAAGGUCGGUGAUGUAGUAGAAGUACAGGCAGAUGAAACUUUUCCCUGUGAUCUUAUUCUUCUAUCAUCCUGCACUAGUGAUGGAACCUGUUAUGUUACUACAGCCAGUCUUGAUGGGGAAUCCAAUUGCAAGACACAUUAUGCAGUACGUGAUACCAUUGAACUAUGUACAGCUGAAUCCAUUGAUACCCUCCGAGCAGCGAUUGAAUGUGAACAGCCACAACCUGACCUCUACAAGUUUGUUGGGCGAAUCAGUAUCUAUAAUAAUACUCUCAAGGCGAGGUCUUUGGGACCUGAAAAUCUCUUGUUGAAAGGAGCUACACUGAAAAAUACCAAGAAGAUAUAUGGAGUUGCUGUUUACACUGGGAUGGAAACCAAAAUGGCUUUGAACUACCAAGGGAAAUCUCAAAAACGUUCUGCUGUUGAAAAGUCCAUUAAUCUCUUCUUGAUUGUGUAUUUAUUUAUCUUACUGACCAAAGCUGCAGUAUGUACUAUUCUAAAGUAUAUUUGGCAAAAUACCCCAUAUAAUGAUGAACCUUGGUAUAACCAAAAGACCCAGAAAGAGCGGGAUACUUUGAAGGUUUUGAAAAUGUUCACCGACUUCCUAUCAUUUAUGGUUCUGUUCAACUUUAUCAUUCCUGUCUCCAUGUAUGUCACAGUAGAAAUGCAGAAAUUCUUGGGCUCCUUCUUUAUUUCAUGGGAUAAAGACUUUUAUGAUGAAGAAAUUAAUGAAGGAGCCCUGGUUAACACAUCAGACCUUAAUGAAGAACUUGGUCAGGUGGACUAUGUAUUUACAGAUAAAACUGGAACACUCACUGAAAACAGCAUGGAAUUCAUUGAAUGCUGCAUAGAUGGGCACAAGUAUAAAGGUGUAACUCAGGAAACUGAUGGACUCUCUCAAACUGAUGGACCUUUAACAUAUUUUGAUAAAGCAGAUAAGAAUCGAGAAGAGCUCUUUCUGCGUGCCUUGUGUUUAUGCCAUACUGUAGAAAUUAAAGUAAAUGAUGCUGUUGAUGGAGCUACAGAAUCAGCUGAAUUAACCUAUGUGGCCUCUUCACCAGAUGAAAUAGCUUUGGUGAAAGGAGCUAAAAAGUAUGGGUUCACAUUUUUAGGAACUCAGAAUGGCCAUAUCAGAAUAGAGAACCAAAGACAAGAAAUAGAAGAGUAUGAACUUCUUCACACCUUAAACUUUGAUUCUGUCCGCCGUCGUAUGAGUGUUAUUGUGCAGACUAAAGAAGGAGGCAUACUUCUCUUUUGUAAAGGUGCCGACUCAGCAAUUUUCCCCAGGGUGCAUAAUCAUAACAUUGAGUCAACCAAAGCCCAUGUGGAACGAACUUCAAUGGAUGGGUAUCGGACACUUUGUGUAGCCUUCAAAGAAAUUCCUCCAGAUGAUUAUGAAAGAAUUGACAGACAGCUCGUAGAGGCAAAAAUGGCCUUACAACAGAGAGAAGAAAAAUUGGAAACAAUUUUUGAUGAUAUUGAGACAAACAUGAAUUUAAUUGGAGCCACUGCAGUGGAAGACAAGCUACAAGAUCAAGCAGCUGAGACCAUUGAAGCUCUGCAUGCAGCAGGUCUGAAAGUCUGGGUGCUUACUGGGGAUAAGAUGGAGACAGCCAAAUCCACCUGCUAUGCCUGCCGCCUUUUCCAAACCAGCACUGAGCUCUUAGAAUUGACCACAAAAACCAUUGAAGAAAGUGAAAGGAAAGAAGAUCGAUUACAUGAAUUGUUGAUAGAAUACCGUAAGAAGUUGCUCCAUGAAUUUCCUAAAAGUACUAGAAGCCUUAAAAAAGCAUGGACAGAACAACAGGAAUAUGGAUUAAUCAUUGAUGGCUCCACAUUAUCACUCAUAUUAAAUUCUAAUCAUGACUCCAGUUCUAACAAUUACAAAAGCAUUUUCGUACAAAUUUGUAUGAAGUGCACUGCAGUGCUCUGCUGCCGGAUGGCACCAUUGCAGAAAGCACAGAUUGUCAGAAUGGUGAAGAAUUUAAAAGGGAGCCCAAUAACACUGUCAAUAGGUGAUGGUGCCAAUGAUGUUAGUAUGAUCUUGGAAUCCCAUGUGGGAAUAGGUAUUAAAGGCAAAGAAGGUCGCCAAGCAUCCAGAAAUAGCGAUUAUUCUGUUCCAAAGUUUAAACAUUUAAAGAAAUUGCUAUUGGGUCAUGGACAUCUAUAUUAUGUGAGAAUAGCACACCUUGUACAGUAUUUCUUCUAUAAGAACCUUUGUUUCAUUUUGCCACAAUUUUUGUACCAGUUCUUCUGCGGAUUCUCACAACAGCCACUGUAUGAUGCUGCUUACCUUACAAUGUACAAUAUCUGCUUCACAUCCUUGCCCAUCCUAGCCUACAGUCUACUGGAACAGCACGUCAACAUUGACACUCUGACUUCAGAUCCACGAUUGUAUAUGAAAAUUUCUGGCAAUGCCAUGCUGCAGUGGGGCCCCUUCUUAUAUUGGACAUUUCUGGCUGCAUUUGAAGGGAUAGUAUUCUUCUUUGGGACUUAUUUUCUUUUUCAGAAUUCAUCCCUAGAAGAAAAUGCAAAGGUGUAUGGAAACUGGACUUUUGGAACCGUUGUUUUUACAAUCUUAGUAUUCACUGUAACUCUGAAGCUUGCCUUGGAUACUCGUUUCUGGACAUGGAUAAAUCACUUUGUGAUAUGGGGUUCUUUAGCCUUUUAUGUAUUUUUCUCAUUCUUCUGGGGAGGAAUUAUUUGGCCUUUUCUCAAACAACAGAGAAUGUAUUUUGUAUUUGCUCAAAUGCUGUCUUCUGUAUCCACAUGGUUGGCCAUAGUUCUUCUAAUAUUUAUCAGCCUUUUCCCUGAGAUUCUCCUGAUAGUAUUAAAGAAUGUAAGAAGAAGAAGUGCCAGGAAUCAGAAUCUUGAACUGCCUAUGUUAUUGUCCUACAAGCAUAUUGACAGUGGUUACAGCUAGAAAAGAAAGCAUGAAGAAACAACUACAAAAAGUUAAUCAUCUCAGGAUACUCGAUAUGCAACAAACUAAACAACUCUCUUAUGUCUAGGGUUCAGAAUAAAUGUCCAUUAAAAUA